AGCUCCACCGCCAUUUCCUCCCGGCUGCCGACCGCCUCCUCCGGCCCCGCCCCGCCCGCUGCAGCCCGCGUGCUCGGGAAAAUGCCCAAGAAAGGAGGGAAGCAUGCUGACAUGGGAAAGGACACGCAGGCGCAGUGUAAACGAGCAAAGGUGGAAGCAGCUUGUUCUCCGUCGCUCAUGAGUUUCCAGAGCCCAGACUGCCUCUUCGGAAGCUUGAUCUCUCCCGUCAAACCAGACACCUUUUUCAGGGAAUAUUGGGAGCAAAAGCCACUGCUGGUUCAGAGAAAUGAUCCUUUGCUGGCUGCUUACUACCAGUCACUGUUUCAGCUGUCAGAUCUGAAGGAGCUGUGCCUCCAGGGUUUGUACUAUGGCCGGGAUGUAAAUGUCUGCAGGUGUGUGAGCGGGAAAAAGAAAGUUUUAAAUAAAGAAGGCAAAGUGAAUUACAUGCAGCUGAAGAAGGAUUUUGACCAGAAAAAGGCAACAAUACAAUUUCAUCAACCUCAGAGAUUUAAGGAGGAGCUGUGGAAGAUUCAGGAGAAGCUGGAAUGCUACUUUGGGUCUCUGGUUGGGUCCAAUGUUUACAUUACUCCCCAGGGGUCACAGGGCCUUCCUCCUCACUAUGAUGAUGUUGAGGUGUUUGUUCUUCAGCUAGAAGGAGAGAAGCAUUGGCGACUCUAUAAACCAACGGUGCCCUUAGCUCGGGAGUAUAGCGUUGAACCAGAACACAGGAUUGGGAGUCCCACACAUGAAUUCACAUUAAAGCCAGGUGACUUACUGUACUUCCCAAGAGGGACUAUUCACCAAGCUGACACUCCACUUGGGAUAUCCCAUUCUACACAUGUGACCAUCAGUACCUACCAGAACAACUCUUGGGGAGAUUUCUUGCUGGAUGCAAUUCCUGGCCUGGUGUUUGAGACAGCAAAAGAAGAUGUGGCGCUGCGCACAAGCAUCCCAAGGCAGCUGCUUAUGCAGGUGGAUGUAGGUGACUCGACAGAGAAACUGAGCAGCCUCCUGCGAAGGCUUGCAGACCGGCUGGAGAGCAGCAGAGAGCUGAGGGCGUCGCACAUGAAGAAGGACUUCAUUACGCACCGCCUGCCGCCUUGCCUGGGACCCCACUCUGAGCAUUUGACUCCAGGUAGACACUUUUUUCUUUUCUUAGGUGGAAAGCUGCCAAAGAUAGAUAGCAAAAUCAGGCUGCAGUUUAGAGACCAUGCCAUCAUUACAGUGGAGCCAGAUCAAGAGGGUUCUGAUGAAAUUCGCAGAGAGAUGGUUUAUGUGUAUCAUUCUUUGAGAAACAGGAGAGAAACUCACAUGAUGGGGACAGAAGAUGAUACUAGUGAGGAAGGCACAGUACAGACUCAUGGACUGCGGUUUCCUUUGUCAUACUUGGAUGCCCUGAAGCAGAUCUGGAGUGGCAGCACAGUUAAUGUUAAAGAGCUUAACCUUAUCUCAGAUGAAGAGAAAGAAAACCUUGCUUUGUCCCUAUGGACCGAAUGUCUAAUUGAAGUUAUUUGAUGCUUUUAUGAAUGAGCUGUUCCUGUAAGUAAUAUUUCUGGACAUUAAGAAUCUCUGGAGAGAAAGGCUUAUUAAAUUAC